AUCAGGCAUUGCGGUCAGUCAUACAAGCCCAGAAAUCAAGAGUAACCGACUGACCAUAACAACAUUAUAGAAAUAAGACUGACAAAACAUAUUGAUGAGGAUUUCCUAACACUGCAAGUAUGUCUCAUCGAAUUAAUGAUGUCAUGAAGCUGUGUUGUGAGUUAUCUGCCCAUCAGCAAAUCCAGACCACAGUGAAAGGCUCGGGAAAGGGAGCCGCAGCAGCAGGGGGGCUCGCCUUUGCUGGAGGCCUGGUUGGGGGUCCCCUUGGUAUUGCAGUCGGCGGUGCUGUUGGGGGCCUCCUGGGCUGCUGGCUGACCAGUGGACAAUUCAAACCUCUGCCUCAGAUCAUCAUGGAGCUCAUCCCCCAGCAGCAGCAGAAGCUUUAUGAGGGUCUCAUGGCGGUCCUGGGGGACAUUCAGUGGACAGAUGUGCUUCAGUUAACUACUCUAGUGAUGGGGAAUGCUGCCCUUAAGCAGCAGGCUACAGCCGCCCUCCUCGGGUACAUCACCAAGGAGCUCCAGGCGGAGGUGCACUACGUGGAUUAGAGUCUGUGGAGUCAGGGGCGCAGAAGGAUGGAGCCUUUGAAAAGAAUGUGAACUUUUGUUUUGAGAGACUCUUUACUUAAUGUAAAAUAUGAUAUUUUAAAAGUGUACAGCCACCAUCACACUCCUGGAUACACUUAUGGGUUUAGCAAAUUAAUGUGGAAAAGCUGUGACACACAUCAGUUUAAAGGUGGGGUAGGUCAUUUCGGAGAAAACCAGCUCGAGUGCGCUAGAAUUUGAAAAUACACAGCCAGAAAAAAUCUGCCACUUCCUUACAGAGCCCCUCCUCCAACACACACGAACGCGCACAUGACCAAUGAGGGCACGAGAUAAGUUUGUGCACAGAUGGAAGGCUGACAGGCAGGUAGGCCAUCCAGUUACUUUAGCCGGGCCGGCUCAGAUGAUUGGUCGUGCUUUUUACAGCGCCACGGCUUCCACAGAUGACUUUUCUUUAUGGAUUUUUCGUCAAAGCACUUAAGAUAUUCAUUGCUAUCGGGAUGGUAAGAGCAUUCCAUGGAAUAUAACAAAAAGUGUAUCUCGAGCCGGUUUCUCAAACUUACCUACCCCACCUUUAAGGUACUAUUUAUUAAUAAGCAUUAAAUGGCACUGACGGUCAUGGUUAGGCUACACUGAUUUCAAUAUAUAAACACUGGUGAUUAUGCAAUGAAUGAGUGCCAACUGUACAAUGUGAAAUAUUUUUGAUUUGCUGGCCAUUUAUUGGCUUUAUGACUGGGAGUUCACCAUUAUCUGUGCACCUUAUAUCGUAUUUAAAUUAUUUCAUCAAUUAAAACAAAAGGUUUGUGUUUUUUCACUGACUUAUAAAGUUUUAUACAUCACACUU